GUUCUGUUCUCUCCGUUCUCCACUUUCUCAACCUCUCCUCUUUCCUCUCCCAUUCCCUCUCUCACCCACUCACCACUCACCAUGCUCCGCACCGCCCUCCGCCCCGCCGCCCGCGCACAGCGCGUCUUCGCCCUCCGCACCUUCACCUCGUACAACCUCCCCGUCGCUGGCCUCACGCCCGAGCAGGAGGAGUUCCGCGAGAACGUGUACAACUUUGCGCAGAAGGAGAUCGCGCCCCGCGCCGCCGAGAUCGACCGCAAGAACAAGCUCCCAGAGGACAUCUUCCCCAAGAUGGGCGACAUGGGUCUGCUCGGCGUCACGGUGCCCGAGGAGUUUGGCGGCCUCGGGUUGGGGUACACUGAGCACACGAUCGCGAUGGAGGAGAUUUCGCGCGCGAGCGCGUCCGUUGGUCUCUCGUACGGCGCCCACUCCAACCUCAUGGUCAACCAGCUUACGCGCAACGGCACGCGCGAGCAGAAGGAGAAGUACCUCCCCAAGCUCUUGUCGGGUGAGCACGUCGGCUCCCUCGCCAUGUCCGAGCCUGGGGCCGGUUCCGACGUCGUGAGCAUGCGCACCAAGGCGACCCUCCAGGGCGACAAGUACGUCUUCAACGGCUCCAAGGCGUGGAUCACCAACUCGCCUGUAGCUUCGACUUUCCUCAUCUACGCCAAGAGCGACACCGAGGUCAAGCCCUCCAAGGGCAUCACGGCGUUCCUCGUCGAGCGCGGGUACAAGGGCUUCUCGGUCGGCGAGCCUCUUGACAAGUUCGGCAUGCGCGGCUCCCCCACCGCCGAGCUCUUUUUCGACAACAUGGAGGUGCCCGCCGAGAACGUGAUCGGCGGCGUCGGCCGCGGUGCCGCCGUCCUCAUGAGCGGCCUCGACUACGAGCGCCUCGUCCUCUCCGGCGGCCCCCUGGGCAUCAUGCAGGCUGCGCUGGACAUGUCGCUCGAGUACUCGCACGAGCGCAAGCAGUUCGGGCAGCCCAUCGCCCACUUCCAGCUUAUGCAGGGCAAGAUUGCCGACAUGUACACCAAGCUCUCGGCCUCGCGCGCGUACGUGUACGCCGUCGCGCGCGCCGCCGACGCCGGUAAGGUGUCGCGUGAGGACUGCGCGGGCGCUAUCCUCUUCUCUUCCGACCGCGCUGUCGAGGUCACCAACGACGCGCAGCAGAUCUUCGGCGGAAACGGGUACAUUAACGAGUACGAGGUCGGGCGCCUGCUGCGUGACGCGCGCCUGUACACCGUCGGCGCGGGCACACAGGAGAUUCGCCGCGGGCUGAUCGGGCGCAUGUUCAACGAGGCAUUCGCCAAGGGGCUCGACCACCUUUAAGCGGCAGCAGUGAUCGUGGGAUAGAGGCGUUGUACGCAUGCAUAUUGGGUCAUAACGCAGCGUGGUGUGUGGGAGCGGUUGAGGGGUACAAACGAGGGGGACGGCAAGUGGAAGCCCCGCGUCGUGAAAAGGUGGGUGCACGAGGAGUUGCGUGCGCCAAGGCUCCAG